AUGGUCAAGGUCAAGGCCGUGCUUGCCAAAAUCGGGCACAUCAUCUCUGCUCAAUUGAUUUUAAUAGCAUUUGGCGUUGCCUGCCUUUUGGCUUAUUUUUUCCCAAAUGUCGGUGUUCAUGGAGGAACGAUCAAGGCAGAGUACAGCAUUCUCUAUGGUGCUGUUGGAUUCAUUUUCUUGGUCUCUGGCCUUCAGUUGCCAUACGAGAAGCUUCGCACGCACUCCACCAACUGGAGACUCCAUGUUAUCACACAAGGCAUCUCCUUUCUCAUAUUCCCUGCUAUCACUCUCGCUAUCGUCCAUAUUAUGAUUGCUGCAGGGAAUCUACAGACAAACGCAAUCGAUAUAUCUGUAUUAGUUGGCAUGAUAGUUCUAUCUUGUAUACCCACUACCAUAGCCAGCAAUGUCGUUUUUACUCGAAAUGCCGGAGGUGAGGACGCUGCUGCUAUUGUCGAGGUCGUCAUCGGCAAUGUCUUUGGAGCAUUUAUAUCUCCCGCUUUGGUCUACGCCUUCAUGCCUAAACUUCCAGAGUUUGAUGAAUGGCAACCAGCAUCACCAAGCACCUUAUCUGCAAUGUACCAGAAGGUAGCCCAGCAGCUUGGCCUCUCAGUCUUGAUUCCACUCGCGGUCGGCCAAGCACUACGUUAUUUCUUUCCCAAGCCUGUAAAAUGGGCACUGGAGAAGUUGUAUCUUGGAAAAAUAUCAACCAUCUGUCUUGCCCUUCUCGUCUGGACAACAUUCUGCGGAGCCUUUGCAACGGGCGCCCUCUAUGUGACCCCAAAAGCCUCACUCGUCUUUAACAUAUUUAUGAACAUCGGGCUGUAUCUCUUGUUCACCGUCAUCUGCUUCUUUUCCGCACGACCACCCCUGAGGUUAGUAGUGUGGGCCGAAGGAGUAUUUGAGAAGAAACCGUUGUGUAAGCUCCCGAUGCUCUUGAAGCGUGUCAUUGUACCGAAACGCAUGUCCAUGGAGCAGACGAUUGCCGUGUGUUUCUGUGGCGCCGCCAAGACGACAAGCCUCGGUAUCCCUCUGGUCACUGCCAUGUGGAGCGAGUCGGAUAACCUCAGGAGGGCCUUUAUUCAGAUUCCGGUUCUGCUCUACACCAUCGAGCAGGUCUUUAUCGCCCAGCUUUUGGUGUAUUUCUUCAAGCGGUAUAUGAAGAGGGACCAGAAGGAUUCUGGGACGGAUGUGGAUACUGUGGAAGACCCUGUGCCGGACUCGCUGGAAGAUGUGAGAGGCCCGUCGCUUCCUGUAGAUGCUUCAAGGAAAUCUGGUUCAGGGCCAAAUCCAGUAGAUACUCAAAAGGAGAAUCAACCGGAAAAGGCCAUCACUAUUGGAAAAUAAUUUGGGUCAGUUACCCGGGUGCACCGGGUUAAACAUGAUAAAAAAGCGACUUUAUAGAGCCUUGGAACGUAUAUAACAAAGCCGGCAUGUUUACAUAUUUCUAGCGAGCUAACUGGAUUUUUAGACAUGACAGUUUGCUG